AUGAAGGCUCUGCUGUGCAGUCUUGUCCUUGGUCUGCUUGUUGCCAGUCAAGGUGAAGCUCACGGAGAGAACUCACAGUUCACAGGAAGAUGGUUAAACUAUUACACGGCAGCCAAUAACAUAGAGAAGAUCACCGAGGGUGGGCCAUUCUACGCUUUCAUGCGUUACAUUGAGUUUGAUGAAGAAAAUGGCACAAUAGUGAUGCAUUUUUAUGUCAAGGAGAAUGGAGAAUGCCUAGAAAAAUAUGUCUCAGGCACAAAGGAAGGAAACUUUUAUGCUGUUGACUACGCGGGUCACAGUGAAUUUCAACUCAUUAGUGGGGACGAGAACACUCUCUUAACCCACACUGUCAAUGUGGAUGAACAUGGCAAGGAGACGGAACUGGUGCAAUUCUUCGGCACAGGAAAUAAUGUUGAAUCACAAGACAAAGAAGAGUACUACAACGCAGUGAGAGAAAAAGGGAUUCCAGAAGAAAAUAUCGUGAACUUCAUCGAUAUUGAACCAGUAAAUGCCUUCCAACGACACUGUCUGAAACAUGCAUUUGUGAUAUAUUCCUACUCGGAAGAUGUUCCAAAAAAAGAGUCACUGAGACCAGACACGUCCUCGUCUCCGUGGAAUCAAGAUCAACAACAUGAAGAUGACUUUCCUGGUUCCUGA